AUGAGCUCUUCGAACAACAACCAACACCUUCCGUCGACCUCCUCCUCCGACCUCCCUCCCCAGCAGAACGCGACUGCCCCUCACCUGGACGCGAACGCGCAAUUGGCGAACAACGGAUAUGCGACCACCGACAACCAGCUUGCUGGAUUAGUCGAGGCAGCCACAGCCGCCGCAGACCAAGACGUGUCGCAAUGGGCCGCUGCCGCCGCCGUCGCAGCGGCCGCCGGUGCAGCCGGACAUCAUCACCAGCUGGACUCAUACACCGACAUGGAUCUCUCCGAGAAUGGAUUCGGCGAUGGGAAGUUCGACAAUACGAAUUUCGCAAGUAGCCUAAGCAGCGGAAGACACAUGAGAGUACCAAGCCAUACCGGCCACGCUCAGUCCUCGGGGCUCACACGAACGGCGACGAAAAAACGCAAGAGAAAUGACGAUAACCUUGACCCCGCCUUGGCUGGUGCGGGUCUCGCCGCCUCACAACAUCAGUCGCAUCCGGUUCAGCAAACCCCCCAUGGCUACACCGGGGAGGGUAUAGAAAUUCGUCCUGAGCAGCAGCAGUCCCUGUCGGAUGCUCGCGCGGUGGGUAUUCAUUCCGCCGCGGCCUUGUUCCGCCAGCCCUCGAGCAACAAGAAGUACACGCGGCCGCCCAUCUCCAAAAUGUUUUCCUCUCUUGAGAUCUCGCCGGAGAAUUUCUUGCAUCUCCAGGCUGCUGCUAAGAAUUACAUGUUGGACGAUGAACACCCCGAGCGACGAGACUGUGUCGGUCAGCGUGGGAAGGGAGAUACGGAAAUGGUCAAGCUUCGCCUAUGGAACUGUGUCCGUCAAUUCCUCGAAGCGGAGGGAAAUGGCGAACGGUUCUUCGGGGAGAACGUUGUUAAUGAGGGUAUGGGCCCGAGAACAUACAUUUGGCCGCGUGACCAGCACAAGAUCAUCUCCUUGGUCAUUCCAUUGCUGAGACGGAUGGUCACGAACGAAAGGCAGCGUCAAUAUGCCAUUGAAACCCGUAAGGGAGGUGGUUCUGAAGAACGUCGCCGCCGCAAAACGGACGAAUUCUCGAAUUUGAAUAGUCCAUUCUCUCCGCACCAGCACCAGCAUCUGCAAAUGCAAAAUCAAACACCCCAUCGCGAUGAUAUGUCACAAAGUCUCGCUCCUCCUCCACAGCCGAUGCAGCAAGCAUUAGAGCCGCCUCAGCCUAUGAAUCUCGGUCUGACGGAUCUCAUCCUCGACGGAUACACUGCCGACUGGGAAGAAAUUGGCCGAUAUUACGAUACGUACAACGAGAACUUCGAACUCGAUAAUCUCUGGUCUCUCUCGGGGUUGCAGCAACCCGACUGGCGUGGUAUCGUCGCUGCAGUCGAUAGCCAUUACCAAGUCGUUCACAACGGACAUUAUGAGUGUCCACCACCCUGUGAGAACGGAAAUAUCAACAGGAUCCUCCACGCAGAUUCAACUUCCGGUCUCCAGUGGCGUAUCGGCGGAGGCGGCAACUCAUCAGCAAGAUAUGAAUUCGCAAGCAGCAUUACUCGCGACGUGUCACGGGUCAUCCGCGAGAACAUCGCCUCACAACACGGUCAUCCAACUCAAACACCCGAUACACACUUCCACCAACCCUUCAGUCCUCUCCCUGAAUCGGCCCCUGCGAACAACGCGAAUACUUCCUCCCAGAACCAAGGCCAGACCUCCCUCCUUCGCGUCAACAUCCUGCACAACGGGAAGCGGAUCCUCCCUAGAUUUGACCUGCCCGCCGGUCAAUGUCCGAACAUAGACUCCGUUAAGCAGGCAAUCUUGCGACGGUACCCGGGCCAGAUCCCUGGUUUGUCUGCUUUCCAGGACGGACACGCCAACAAUGCUGAUGCACGCGAGUCUGCCGCCGCUGGGUGGAAGGUCAAGGUCUGGCUACCAGAUGGACUGAUGGAUGUGCAGAGUCAGAAGGAUUGGGCCAUUGCAGUCCUCUCUGCUGAUGCUGUUGACUGGAUGGAUGGGGAGUUGAAGGUUCUCGUUGAGAUUGAUGGCGAGCAGCAGUAG